UGAUAAUAAUUACCAUUAAAGCAAGCAAGGCAGAAAAAAUAACAUUACGCGCGAGGUUUCUAGAUACCAUGAAUUAAGUUCUUAACUGAAUAGAUAAUUUUUAUUGAAAACUUGAGUGAAACAUGAUGGAAGCAGAUCAUGAAGAUGGAAGUUAUGAUAGGAACAAGGAAUUAAAGCUUUUUGAUGAAACAAAAGCAGGUGUGAAGGGUCUUGUUGAUGCUGGUUUGACUAAGUUACCAAAGAUAUUUGUUCAUGAUAACCAUAAAGUCAACGAUUCUUCUUCUUCCUCUUCUUCCUCUGCUACCAAUGUUAGUAUUCCAGUUAUUGAUUUGGGAUCACUACACGAAGAAGGUAAUUCACGCCAUGAGAUAGUUCAGAAAGUCAAAGAUGCAGGUGAGAAAUGGGGGUUCUUUCAAGUGGUCAACCAUAAAAUUCCACAGAGUAUUUUGGAUGAAAUGCUUGAUGGGGUGCGUAAAUUUCAUGAGCAAGAUGCUGAGGUGAAGAAAGAAUUCUAUUCACGUGAUAUUACAAAGAGAGUGUUCUACAACACCAACUUCAAUUUUUAUACAACUUCAGAGGUUAAUUGGAGGGACACCCUCUAUUGUUUAUUGGCACCAGGGCCCCUUGACCCUCACCAACUCCCUUCAAUUUGCAGAGAUGUAAUAAUUGAAUACUUAGAUCAUAUCAAGAAACUGGCACUGACGCUGUUGGAAUUGCUUUCGGAGGCAUUAGGCCUAGAAGGCAAUUACCUCAAGGACAUAGAUUGUGGUGAAGGGAUUUUCAUGGUUGGAAAUUAUUACCCUCCUUGCCCUGAGCCUGAACUCACUUGGGGGUUAAGUGCUCAUACGGAUAUGGGCUUUGUAACUAUUCUUCUACAAGAUCAAGUUGGUGGACUUCAAGUCUUUCAUGAAAACCAAUGGUUUGAUAUCACUCCCUUUCCUGGUGCUUUCAUCAUUAACCUUGGUGACAUGAUGCAGCUAAUCACAAAUGACAAGUUUAUGAGCGCCAAACACAGAGUUGUGGCUCAAAAAGUAGGUCCACGAGUUUCGGUUUCAUGCUCUCUGAGACAACAUGUUCAGGAUGAAUGUCUAAGAAUGUAUGGACCAAUAAAAGAGUUGGUAACAAAAGAGAAUCCUCCAAUUUAUAAGGAAAUGAAAAUGCCGGACUUGGUUAAACUGGUGUAUACCACAAAGCUAGAUUACGAUAUCUCCUCUCCACUAAAACACUUCAGGCUAUGAAGCAUCAAGAAUUAAAGAUACUCCUAUAUAAAACUAUAUUAAUUACAAACUUUCUUGAGGGAUGUUAGAGUGAGAAAUUCAACAUUUAUAAUUUUAAAAACUCUCAUGUCUUGUAUUUAAAUAAAAGUCCCUUCAAAUUUUAUUUAGUGUAUAUUAAAUUAGACGACACUA